GUAAUCCUCCCACCUGAUUUCUCUCCGUUCUCCAAAAUUUACCAUUCUUCCACCACCACCACGACGCUUGCCGCUGCCGCCGUUUGUACCUCCUUAGCCCCCUAUUCCAAACAGCGACCUAACCCUCCUCUUGCUGACCGCUCCCCAUCUUCUCAUGGAGGAGCGGGAUCACCCUUCUUCCAGCACUGAAGCCAUUAGCCACGAGCUGCCUGUGCUCGACCCCGACCCCGACCCUGACCCCGACCCUGACCCCAACCCAUUGAGGCCCAAUGAGCAGCGCGAAGUCUUCCCCAUGGGCACUUACGUCGUCCAAGUGCCCAAGGACCAGGUUUACCGCAUUCCCCCGCCCGAAAAUGCCCUUAUCGUCGAGCGCUACCGCACUCCCAUUGCCAAGAGCAAGAGGUCAUGUUGCUGCUGCUUCUUGUGUCUGCUUUUGGUCUUCAUCGCCGUCCUCCUCGUCCUUGCGGUUCUUGCGAGCAUUACCUCAAUUUUCAUUAAGACCAAGGACCCCAUUUUCUCCAUCGAUCAUUUCCUCGUCAAGAAGACAUUGCACUCUAGCCAAGGUAUCGUCGAACAUGAGUUUGAUAUAAGGACGAAGGCUAAGAACCCGAAUGCCAGGAGUGGGAUCUUGUACAAGGAAGGGGGAAAGACUUCCCUUUCGUUCGAGCAAAAGGAAGUUGCGGCCGGGACAUUUCCAACCUUUUAUCAAAGUAAGAAGAACACGACGACAUCUCAAUUAGUCCUUCAUGGUUCUAGUGAUGGAUCAUCGAAGGAGAUGGAGGAAAGCAUGAAGGGCGCAAAAUUGAAGCCGAAUUUGGCGUUCUCGCUAGCCAUUAAAGUCCUGGCUAGGAUGACGGUCGGAUUGUUUAGGAAACAGGAUGUGAACAUUGUUGUUUCGUGUAACUUUGAGGUAGAUACAUUAGCCGAGGGAACUCGUAUACUUUCCCAACAAUGUCGUACCGAACACUAAGGGUAACGAGGCUGUAGCUUUGCUGGAGUUCAUGGUAGUUCUUCUAAACAUUUGAAUGAGGUUUUGACAUUUGAAUGGUAGUUGCAAAUGCAUACGGAAAGUUUUCGCCA